AUGGGCGAAUGGGUUGGCACGUGGUGGACCAAAAGUCGUCCGCGGUCCGUCUCAAAGCCCGCCAUCCCCCCUCCCCUCGAAUCCCCUCCGAAAAGCAACUCAUCUGUCGAAACAGACGAUUCUACUGUUGGUGCUACUGCCGUUCCACGAGCGCCUACCGCAAACCCUAUCAACGGCAACCGCAGAAGGACAGUGCGAAGCGUAUUUGGCACAUUGAGCUUGUCGAUGGGGAGUUCAAGCCGACAAAGUGUUGUAUUAUCCGACAAUGCUUCUAUUCAUUCCACGGCUUUAGGUGCCAACCCGCCCGCCUCAAUGGUGUCACCUCCCUUUUCGCCUGUAAUCGCGGCUGCUCCACAUUUAACGACAAUACUCGAUAGUUCAGAUGAUGCUCCUUCUACUCCACUCAUUCAAGGCUCCGCAAUAAGAGCUGUUGUAAACGCCACUCGUGUCAUGACAGCGGAACCAUCAAGCAAUCUUGUUGACGGCGGACAAGACACAGAGCCGCUCAUUGCGAGACUGGCGCUGGAGCUAGUCAGAAAUGCUCGUGAUGAGGGUCUCGUUUGGCGGGAUCCCACAAAGGAACGGCGGGAUCGGGAACGACGGGCUGCUACAGAAGUGGAUACCUCUGCUGAUGGCCCGAUCGCAGUUCUCAGUCCACCGCUGACUUCACCUGCAGAGGCAAUUCAGUCGGGCGCUGGGCAGUGCGGGAAUUGCGAGCCAGGCGGGGUUUCGGGGCAAGACAAGCGGGAGUGGCAAAUGGCGGCUGCAAUUAUGGCCAACGCAGCUAAUCCUGCCCCGCUCUUUGCUGGUCUUAUGUCUGCCCAAACCCAAUCGGCUACUUCUGCGGCAACGGAACAGGCUCCAGAAGGGCACCUUCAGUACCGCUCGAAUCAAUCAUCCCGCAAAUGGCAAAACCACCCACACAAUAUUUUUCCCGGACAUACACUCCGCUUACAGCACGCGAUUUUCGCUUCUCGAUCCCAAUUCCGUCUGCUGCUGCUGCACGUACGAUGUCCUUUUGCUCAUACGAGCGAAAGAGUGUGGCUGUGCGCACCAGCUUGCUUCACGGGGGUCAAGAUUGCAGACCGUGUUGAGGACGACGAUGACGAGAUGGAGGACGGGCGGGGCAUUGAGAUAGUGAGGACGGAAUGCGAUUGUGGCGGGGAGGACAACGGCUCGUUGAACAGCAACUCGCCGGACAACAUGAGUGUCAAAUCCAAGACUUCGGCAAAGUCAAAACGACUUUCGAUCGUUUCGGCAACGGCAACAACACCCGUGCCGCAACCGAGCUUUGCGAUAUUAGCUGUAACGGCAGAUUCUCCGCGCCAUCCAUGUGCAGCUACUGUCCGUCGAUUGCUUGAUGCACUCACAACAUUGCAUGACGAGCGGCAAACGUUACAAAGACGGGAGUAG